AUGGGGUUUGUGCGGUUGGUAAUAGUAACAUGCAGUUUGUGGCUGUCAACCACUCCGUUCAUCGUAAUAGCUAAUGAAGACUUUCCCUUCAGAAAUGUCAGUCUUAGUUUUGAAGAAAGAGUGGAUGAUUUGGUCAGUCGACUAUCAUUAGAAGAAAUGAUGCAACAGAUGUCUCACGAGCUUCCUAAACUUGGACAAGGUGUACCCGCUAUUCCUAGACUAGGAAUCAAAAACUACACCUGGAUUACGGAAUGUCUUCGAGGUGACGUUCAAGCUGGAAACGCUACGUCUUUCCCUCAAGCUCUUGGAUUAGCCGCUUCCUUUGAUAGUGAUAUUUUGUUCCGCGUGGCAAGAGCAACUGGGAUAGAAGUCCGAGCUAAGAAUAAUGAUUAUGUAAAACGAGGUAUGUAUGGAAUCCACCAGGGAUUGAGUUGUUUCAGUCCGGUGAUAAAUAUCAUGAGAGAUCCAAGAUGGGGUAGAAAUCAGGAAACUUAUGGUGAAGAUCCGCAUCUAACAGGGACCCUAGCUCAAAGUUUUGUUCGUGGACUGCAAGGAGACGAUUCAAGAUUCCUUCUCGUCAAUUCUGGAUGUAAACAUGCUGAUGUAUAUGCCGGCCCUGAGAAUAUUCCCGUGUCCAGAUUUGGAUUUGAUGCUAUAGUGUCCACCAGAGAUUGGAGAAUGACGUUCCUGCCUGCGUUUAAGAAAUGUGUAGAAUCGGGAACAUACAAUAUCAUGUGCAGUUACUACAGUAUCAACGGGCGUCCAUCUUGUAUAAAUGAAAAACUUUUAACAGAUAUUUUAAGAGACGAAUGGAAAUUCAAGGGAUAUGUAGUUAGUGAUGCUGGCGCAGUUGAACACGUGAUAUAUCACCAUCAUUAUUUCAAUAACAGUUUAGAUGCCGUAGUCGCAGCUGUAAACGCAGGAGUAAAUCUAGCUGUGGCCAGUUUUAAGUAUGACUACACCCCAGUAUAUUACUCCAUUGUGGACGCUGUAAAUAAAGGGAGGUUAUCGAUAGACAGAAUACGAGAACUGAUGAAACCAAUGUGGUAUACAAGAAUGAAACUUGGCGAGUUCGACCCACCAGAUUCGAACCCAUAUAAACAGCUAAACUUGUCUGUUAUUGAAAGUGACGAACAUAGAGAACUGGCUUUAGAAGCUGCUGUCAAAUCGUUCGUCUUGUUGAAAAAUAAGAAUAAUUUUCUACCUUUUUUGAGCUACAAUAAUGUGAGUAUUAUAGGACCAUUCAUGGAUAAUAAAGCCGAUUUAUUCGGUGACUAUCCCCCUAACACCGACCCUAAGUUUGUGACAACACCUUUUGAUAGAUUGUCCCGAUUGGCUGGGAAUUUGACGUUUACCCCUGGAUGUGUUGAUGGAGCACCAUGUUUGAAAUAUGAUAAGGCUGCAGUAACUAAAGCUGUAAAAUAUGCCAACUUAGUUUUUGUUUGUCUUGGAUUAGGUUCACAACUAGAAGGAGAACUUAAAGACAGAUCCACGAUAAUUCUACCCGGGUACCAGUUACAACUCUUACAAGAUGCUGUUUCUAGAAGUCCACCUGGUACACCGGUGAUGUUGAUUCUAUUUAAUGCUGGACCAGUAGAUAUCAGUUGGGCUGAAAACAGUGACAGAGUAGUGGCAAUAUUGGCGGCCUUCUACCCAGCACAAGCUACUGGUGAAGCAUUAUUUCAGGCGGUUACUUUAGAGGAUCCGAAGAACAAUCCGGCAGGAAGACUACCGUUUACAUGGCCAGUAUCUGAAUCCCAAAUUCCACCAAUUACCAAUUACUCAAUGGUUGGUCGAACGUAUAGAUAUGCCACUGAACAACCGUUAUACCCAUUUGGUUACGGUUUAUCCUAUACGACGUUCAACUACAGCAAUUUUAAUAUAAAUACUAAAAUACAGAUAGGUGGUAAUUUUUCAGGUUCUGUAAACAUUCAGAAUACGGGUAAAUAUUCCGGGGAUGAGGUAGUACAGGUGUAUAUAUCUUGGCCAAAACUUCCAUUUCCAGCUCCAAAACUACAGCUUGUGUGGUUUGAUAGGAUAUAUAUCAAUAAAAAUGAAAUAAAGACGGUGAAGUUUGAUAUCUCGGGUGAAAAUCUGGCUGUGUGGUUUGAUGAUGGGUGGAAGAUUCCUACAGGAAAAUAUCUUAUAUAUGUCGGAGGUCAACAGCCAAAUACUACUAAAACUGUUCCUUCUAAUGUUCUUCAGUCUUAUUUCUUGCUAGUAUGA